UUGUAAACGACAGGCAGUGAGUGGUCUAUCUUGGGUUAGUUAUACAAAUCUUUGGCGCUACUCUAUUUUACUGGUUUCCUGUUAGCAAUGACCCCCCUACUCCCGCCCCCUUUGACUGUCACUGGACAAUGACGUACAUUUUACUCGCCGUUUACAAUGGUGGCUACUUGCUAAAUGAAGCAACUAUAUAUUUACAGUAACAAACACCCAGCGAACCGUAUAAAAAAGAAGGCUAAUUUGCAAUGUCCAAUAGAACAGCAUAUUUUUAUGAUCCGGACGUGGGGAACUUUCAUUAUGGUGCUGGUCACCCUAUGAAACCCCAUCGUCUCUCUCUGACGCACAGCCUUGUUUUGCACUAUGGCCUAUACAAAAAGAUGCAGGUUUUCAAACCAUACAAAGCCUCCCAACAUGACAUGUGCCGAUUUCACUCAGAAGAUUACAUUGACUUUCUUCAGAAGGUCAGCCCCAACAAUAUGCAGGGCUUCACAAAGAGUCUCAACACCUUCAACGUGGGGGAUGACUGCCCUGUAUUCCCGGGCCUGUUUGAGUUCUGCUCCAGGUAUACCGGAGCGUCACUACAGGGAGCAACACAGCUAAACCACAAGAUAUGUGACAUUGCCAUCAACUGGGCUGGGGGUCUUCAUCAUGCUAAGAAAUUUGAGGCCUCUGGAUUUUGCUAUGUGAAUGACAUUGUCAUCAGUAUACUGGAGCUUUUGAAAUACCACCCACGUGUGCUCUACAUAGACAUUGACAUUCACCAUGGCGAUGGGGUGCAGGAAGCCUUUUAUCUGACUGAUCGGGUCAUGACUGUGUCCUUCCACAAGUAUGGGAACUACUUUUUCCCAGGCACAGGUGACAUGUAUGAGGUGGGGGCUGAGAGCGGCCGUUACUACUGCCUGAACGUGCCUCUCCGGGAUGGGAUCGAUGACCAGAGCUACAGGCAACUCUUUCAGCCAGUCAUUAAGCAAGUGGUGGACUUCUACCAGCCAACCUGUAUCGUUCUUCAGUGUGGGGCUGACUCUCUGGGCUGUGACCGACUAGGAUGCUUCAACCUCAGUAUACGAGGCCAUGGGGAAUGUGUGGAGUUUGUAAAAAGCUUCAGGAUUCCCCUGCUGGUGCUGGGAGGAGGAGGGUACACAGUACGCAAUGUGGCCAGAUGCUGGACCUAUGAGACCUCCCUCCUAGUCGAUGAGCCAAUUAGUGAUGAGCUGCCCUAUAGUGAGUACUUUGAGUAUUUUGCUCCAGACUUCACACUCCACCCAGAUGUGAGCACCAGGAUAGAGAACCAGAAUUCAAGACAGUACCUGGAGCAGAUACGUUCGACGGUCUUUGAGAACUUGAAGAUGUUGAACCACGCCCCCAGUGUCCAGAUCCACGACGUGCCCUCCGACAUCCUGAGCUACGAGCGUACUGACGAGGGAGACCCAGAUGAGAGGGGCUCAGAGGACAACUAUUCCAGGCCGGAGGCAGCCAAUGAGUUCUAUGAUGGUGACCAUGACAACGACAAGGAGAGCGACGUGGAGAUCUGAGCGCUCAGAUGUCAGACUUUUCCUUCUGAAAUGAUUGAGAAACCGUAGUCUCAAGGCUGCAGUCUAAGGAAAGUGGAUACCAUGAUCACUCCUCCCCAAGAAAUGUGCGAUUUAACCAUAGCCAUCUCAUGGACUUGACCUUACUGUACUUAAAGCGAGAGACCACCACCAUGAAUUCCUUUUUAUUUUUUUACUAUGUGUGAAUGAGUAUGUAGAGUACAUCCUGAGCAGUUCUAUUGCCAAGCACUUCCUCAACAGUUACGGAGUCAGUCACCUGACUCACCCGAAGAAGACGGCCAAGAGGAGCCCAAUACUCGUGUACAGAAACGUUGUCGUCUCUUGUUUAAAUGUCUGGGCUUUUUUCAUCAGAACAGGACAGAAGAGUCUUGGUCCUAAAAGGUUGUCAGGUUAACGGUCCAGUGGGGGUUGAUUUCCUGUGUCGAGGGGACCAGUGUCAGUCUUUAUAUUGCCAGUUUUUCACUUCACACAUUGGGAGCCCAAAGGUCCGUCCUUUGAAUAUCAAGUGUUUCAAAAUGUUUUGAUGAAAUUGUAUUUUUUUUAUAUAUAAAAUAAAUUACAAAACUUAA